UCUGUGAGAGGUGGCCUCGGCGGUGUGAGGGGCGAGGCCGUAGGGGCCGGCGUCGGCGUGGUCGGCGGCGGCUUUAGCCCGGACUCCGCGGCCGGGGUUCCUCUGCUCCUGGCAGGGGCACCAGCUGGCCCCGGGUCGUAGCAGUGGCUGCACAUGAUCAGGAAGUGGCUGCACCAACACGCAUGGCAGCAGCAGCAAGGACCACCGGCACUCGCAUACCCGUUCCCUGCCCGGACCCAUCGGCCACCUCUCCACACCUACUGUGUGCCUUCUGCCCUCCACCCAGAUGUGUGCAAAGUCCCAAUCUGGCUACAGCACAGCCCCCACCGGGCCUGCAGCUGCACACCUGCCAAGGCCAGCCUCCUGUAUCCGGUGGUUACAGCUUUGUCCAGCGGGGCAGGCUGCGGUGGGGGCUGCUGGGCCCCAGGCUGCUUCUGCUCCUCAGUGUAAAAAGUGGAUAGUGGCUCACGGGUCAAAGGAUGGCACGGUCUCGAUCUCGAUCCCCCAGGUGGAAACAAAGGUCUUUAUCACCAGUACCUAGAAAUUCUGACCACUACAAGCAAAGACAAUUUUAUGGACAUUAUGACUGUGAAUAUAGAAAGGAUCCCAAAAGACCCAUUGCUUCGAGAAUGGACAGUGAGAAGUAUGGACAGAGUAAACCAAGAAUUCACUGUCGUGAAAAUGAAUAUUGCCGGUCUUAUGAUUAUAGAUCACCUUCUCCGAACAUAAGAGGAAACUCUUCAGAAAAUGUUUAUAAGCUCCACCGAGUAUAUUCACCAGAAAGAGGGGAUGUUAACAGAAGAUCUCAGUAUAUGCCAAAGUUUUCAGAUGGUGUACCCUACAAUGAGCAUGAGAGGAAUUGUUAUCCCCAGAAAGUGCAAGGAAGAUAUUUCCCUGAUGACUACAGAGUUAGAGGAAGUAGAAAAGGAGGGAAACCAUCUCAGAGGUCAGUAGCAGAUUCUUUUAGAUUCGAAGAAAAGUGGCAUGAAGAUGAAUUUAAGCACCAGUGGAUACAAGAAGAAAAAUACCCUCAGUUACCUAGAAGAGGCUCUGAAGACUCUGAGGCGAGGAGCUCUUUUCAAAAGAGGUAUCCUGAGGAUCGUGAUUUCAGAAAAUAUCAACACACAUCAAAAAGACCUAAAGAUGUGCAGAGGUAUGAAAACAGAGAGCCUGCCAGGCACCUGAGGUGGGAGCCUGAGUCUUCUCUUCCACCUUAUCAAGAAAAGAAAGAUCAGAGGAACUUUGGACCCCAAACUCAUCGACAUACUGAAAGGGAACACACAGAGACCAGUUCAGUAGCCAAGAUAUCCUUUGACUAUUGCCACAAAUAUCAUAAGCCCACAGGUGGGGACCAGGACUUUUCUGGUGAAGGAACUCAGAGGUACUCUAAGGAAGAAGAUAGAAAAUACAAUUCUCAAAAAGGCUCUGUAAACAGAGAGUCAGAUUGUUUUAAUGGUGGAAGAGGGAGAGAGACUAAAGAUGGACUAGUCAAAGAACCUUUUAAACAAGCUAAGAAAGACUGCAUUGCUGGUACUUAUUCAAAUAAAAGUGAUGUUGAUUCCAGGCCCUCUAAUGAUGAAUGGAAGGAAAAGAUAAAGAAAGAAGAGAAUUUCAGAAAAGAGAGCAACCCUUCCAGUAGCCAACUUGAUAAAAGUAAACUUUCAGAUGUGAAAUCCUCAUCUUUCAGUGGUAGGAGGAAACUACUUACGAUUAAAGUAGAUGUGAAGAAACCAGUAGAUACAUUCAGGGUUGCUUCUAGCUAUCCCACAGAGAGACAGAUGUCACAUGAUUUGGUUGCUGUUGGCAGGAAAAGUGAAAACUUUCAUCCAGUGUUUGAACAUCUUGACUCAACUCAGGAUAUUGAAAACAAACCUACAGGAGAAUUUACUCAGGAAAUUAUAACAAUAAUCCAUCAAGAUAAAGAAAAUUAUCUUUCAUCACCUGGAAUUACCCUACAUGAGCGUUUCUCACAAUUGGAAGUUACGCGAGAUGCAGGUGUAAAUGAAAUUAAAUUGAAUUCAGAUCCUGAAAUUCACAGGAGAAUAGAUAUGUCUUUGGCUGAACUUCAGAGUAAACAAACUAUUGGCUAUGAAUCAGAACAGAGUCUGGUCAAAAUAAUAGAUGCAAAUGACCUACGACAUGACAUUGAAAGAAGGAGAAAACAACGGUUACAGAAUGAAGAUGGGCACAUUUUUCACAUAGCUAGUGCUACAGAGAGGAAUGGUCAGCCUUCCAGGUUUUCAAAGUUGAAGAAUACUCAUACUCACAGAUUCAGACAAUCUGUGUAUUUUACAAAAUCAAAUUGUGGAAAAUUUGUUCAGAAACCUAACAGGACCAACUUUAGAGGUGGCAGAUUCCAACCACAUUAUAAAUCAGGCCUAGUACAGAAGAGCUUGUACAUUCAGGCUAAAUAUCAGCGUUUACGAUUUGCUGGUCCAAGGGGAUUUAUCACUAAUAAAUUCAGAGAAAGAUUACUGAGGAAAAAAAAGGGAUAUAAAAACAUUGCCACAGAAAUCUAAUCUGGAAUUGGUUCAAAUGGAGGCAACACUACGGGAGGAUAUUUGGGAGCAUCUCUGUCAGGAGUUAGAAUUGGCAUUAAAGCACUAAUACUGUACCUUUCCUGAUUAAAAUAACUAUUUUUCAGUAGUGGAAUGCUACAUCUUUUUUACAUUUAAAUGUUGCUUUUAAAUUACAGUAUUGAAUUUAAAAGUUGUAUUAAAUACAGUUUUUGUUUUGUUUUUGCAAAAAAAUCUCAACCACUUGAAGGGCAUUAUUUGUUGAUGCAUUUUUCUCUAAGCAUGGUUUCCUAGAGAGAACUUACUGCAUUAUAUCCAAACAUUUAUAUGUUGAAAGUUUUGCUUACGUAGUAAAAACAAAAACAUAAAGUGUCUGAAUUGUAUAAUGUAUGUACAUGAAAGAACUUUAAACAGUGGCCUUACGGAAGCAGAUUUUAUAUCGAGUUUUUCUUUUUCUGAUGACGUUUUGGCUUAUAACUUAAAAUUUUGUUAAGUUUGUUAAGAUUAAGGCCUAUAUAAUUCAUACAUUUCAUAUUAAGAUGUAAGAAGGCUAGAGAGAAGGUGCUUCAACUUUUCCAUCAGGUAGUUAUGAGUGCACUGAAUUUUUAGUAAUAGGUUCGUUCAGUUUUUUCCACAACUAUUUGCCGUUUUCAAAUUUCAAAAUGCUACUGUGGAAAAUAUAUGAAGAUUUUGUAAUCUGUAUUCCAUCUUAUUUUUCCCUCAGGGUAAGCUUGUUGCAUAUCAUAUUUUUAAAGGCUUUUUUAAAAUCUGACAAACUCUCAUAUUUGAAAAUUGUACUUUACUACUACAGCAUUACACGUUUUGCAAUGUUCACCUGAUAUGCAUUGAGUACCUACUAAGUGUAAGACAAAAUUGAAGGGGUUUUAAGUGAAAUUUUAGGUCCCAACACCUUAUUUCUUUAUGUUUUCAGUGCUCUGCUUAGCAGUACAUGUACGUUCCCAGUUAAAUUUUUGUGAAAUGUUUAUUUCUAAUAAAAUAAAAUAUUGUUGCCGUUUCUGCUUGGGAAGUUCUUGCCAGUUUGUGAGAACAUUAUUUUAAUUUUAUAUGAGAGCUACAGCCUUGGGUGUUGAUGUUUAAAAUACUGUUACGGACUUUAAAAGGCAGCUUUCUAUGUCAAAACGUGAAGAUAGGUAAGAAUUUGGUUUUUCAUGACUGGAUUAUGAAAAGUCUUACUACAGACGUGUAAUUUUUACCUAUCUUUUUAUAUAUUUCCUUAAGCGGGUCAGUGAUAAUGGGGAGGGGGUGGCUGUGAGUAUUUGAUUCAUUGCUAAUUGAGUAAUGGAUUUAGGUAUUUUGGCUUCUUGUGCAGCGUACCAUUUCUAUAGGUCAGAAUUUCCAAACAUUUAACAUUCCACGUGUAGUAAAAAGGAAAUGCACGCACAUAGGACUAUCACAACUUCAUAUUGUGUUAGGUAAUCAGGAAAUCUGUCUUGAAUUUUUAAAUAAUUUCAUUCCCAUAUUCUGGGGGCCAGUUACUAGCCUUGACUAUUUAAUCAUAUGGUUAACAAGUACUUAUUGCACACACAUCAUGCUAAGUUUAUAGCAAUGAACAAGAGAACAAGACACGUGGACUUCACCUUUAUGGUACAGGCAGUCUAAGAGGGAAAACAGACAAUAAACAGAGAAAUAUAACUCAGUAAAUAGCACUGAUUCUAUUGCUCUGUUUUUAUUUAUUGUAGCACUUAAGGGUGAAAUAGUUGAUUCAAUCAAUAUUAAUCGUUCCACAGCUGAUUUUCUAGUUAGGCAAAUUUGGAUGGACUUUUGGCAUUGUCUCAAAAUGCAUAGCAUGUUACUUGGAAAAUACCUAUUGGUAAAAAAAAUAUAUAUAUAUUGGUAGCGAACUCAUUAAAUACUAGCUGCACGAGUGAGAAUUAAGGAGAAUAUGUUAUUAGGAACAAAUAUCUAAUUUUCACGUGGAGGUUGAACAAAAUGUUAACCAUAACGUUUUUUAUUGACUGUAAAGAACUUGAAUUCUCCAAUGCAUAAGACUUUGUUGUUGUUGAUGUUAGUUGCUGUCCAGUCGCCUCCGACUCAUAGCAACCUCGUGUGAAACAAAACCAAAUGUUGCCUGGUCCCGCAUCAUCUUCAUAAUUGUUGGUAUUUUUUAGUCCGUUGCAUCUAAGACUUUGGAAGAAAGGUGUUUGUUUUUUGGAUUUUUUUUCUUUUUGGUCAGUCUCAUACACCAUUGCCUCGCCUUCUCCUCCCCUGUGUGCUAGGCCCUGCAUUGAUACUGGGAAGAUAAGACACAGUCCCUGCUGUGUGGGACCUCAAACUAUUGAAGGAGAGAAUCACAAAACAAAUAGCUGCACUGUCAAGUGCUAAGUACUAAAACGGAAAUCAGCACAAAAGGUUGAGAGAAAAAUUGGCAUUCUUGGUUGAGUAUCCCAUGGCUGCAUUUCUUUCCAAUUGGUUUCACCAAUCUCAGAAAGCACUAUUCUGUUGGUUUUGUGGUUUUAAAAAUUGAUGGGUUGGGGGGAACUGGGUAAAGUGUAUACGGGAUCUCUCUGUAUUGUUUCUUACAACUGCAUGUCAAUCUACAAUUAAUCUCAAUAAAAAUUCCAAUUUAAAAUCGCUCAAUCUUAUGACAGGGAAAACUAAGUAUUUUGGAGGAUACAUUUUCAUUUUUUUUUCCUCUUGGAAAAAACUGCUUACCUUUUGUUUGUAACCAGCUUUUUUCAGUUAAGUUGUCCACUUAAAUGAUGCUUCUAUAACAGUUCAUGUAAGUGCACAAUGUGUACCACAUUUUAUACAGGAAAUCCCACAUUUCUGAACGGUUUUAAAAAGUCAACGGGGAUACUUCCAGGCAGAAGCAGGAAAAGUAAUGCUGGAUCAGAAACUCUUUCUUAUCUAGCAAACUUGACAGCCACCAGUUACAAAUUCAGCAGCAACCAAACAAAGGGGGGAGGGGAAAGAUUCUAAUGCAACAAGGUGUGGUAUGACUUCGAACCCUCCCUCAUCCCCCAUAAGCAGCCUGAGUAAAGAAGCCAAGUUGAGAAAAUCCUGAUAAUUGUCACUAAUGAGCCCCACUGUGGACAAAGGGAAUGGAGGUGACUAGGUCAUGUGGAAAACUGUCAAGGGAAACCCUUGAGAAGACGGUCUUGGGACCUAGGCAAAAGAGGAGAUUCACCAGGACUGUACACUUCCAGGGCCCUACACUCCCAGGGCCCAGGGCCGCCCAGGAACACCAAAGCUCGCAGGAGUGAGACACGUCUUUGACUGGCCCUUGCGCCCAGGUUCCGGACAUUUAGUGGGAACUCAAAAGAGAGCAGAUACCAGGUUUCCCAUCAAGACUUCAGUAAAAGGAACUAAAUAUAGAACUAUGAUUUAAAAACACGGGAAUCAUACUUGGAGGAUAGAAUGUAAAUAUUACAAACCUUGACAAAGAAUUCGUGUACAUAGAUUGGGAUGUGGCAAGGGAAAACAGGACGAAGAGUAGGAACUAGCCGCCUCAUCAUUCAUGGCUAGGUGUCGUGUCAGUUCAUAACAUCUAAGAUUGUAUAAUAUAGGAGGAGAAAACCUAAGGAUCAAUCUCGAGUUUUUCACAGGUGUGGUUUUCGACCCACAACAUCAUCACCUGGGAACUUGUUAGGGAUGCAAAUGCUCGGGCCAUCCUCGCUCUAUUGAACCGGAAACUUGGGGAUGGCGCCCAGCAGUCUGUUUUAACAAGCCUUCCAGGUGAUUCUGCUGCACACUCAAGUCUGAGUAUCACCGACUUAGAUCUUUUAGGCACCAAUAGCCCUCCUGAUGAAGAAACGUAUAUCUGAAGCUCAGUGGUACUCUCUGGUUUCACUUUUUUUUUUUUGCAUUCAAAUAAAACUAAAUCUAGAACUUCAAAAAAGUACAGCAAUCACCCCAUCAAUCCUGUCUGUACAUAUGAAUAAAAAAAAAAAACCAAGCACAUUGCCCUUGACUUGAUUCUGACUUGUAGUGACCCUAUAGGACAGAGUAGAAUGCCUCUUAGAGUUUCCAGGGAGUGGCUGGUGGAUUUGAACUGUUGACAUUUUGGUUAGCAGCCCUAGCUCUUAACCACUGCCCCACCAGGGCUCCAAAAGCCUGGACCCCAGUCUGAAAACAUGCCAUCCACUGUUAGCAGCAAUUUUUAAGUAGUGGAAUUGUGAGAGACUUCUGUGUUUUCCUGUAUCAGUUGAAUAUAAAAACAUCGUUUUUAUAAAAUAAGGUUAUCAUUCUUUAAAAAAAGGUGAUAAGAAUAUUUCAUCAUAUCCACUGUAUAUCUGUUAACUAAAAAUAUAAACGAUACUUUUCUUCCGUAGGCUGCCGACUUCGCCUCAGUCCAGUGGGUUUUUACUGCCUGCCACUCCUCCUCCCCACAUCAUCAUAAGUGGGUAGGAUUAUUUAAGUAUGUGUUGUCUUGAUUUUUUAAGAAAAGUUACUGAUUUACAAUAUUUGACAUAAUUACAUAAAAUGUAAAUUCAUCUAACUGCUGUUCUUUUUAAAAACAAAAACAAAAUUUCUUUUCCUGAUAAAAGAUACAUAGAAUAGUAUGUAAAAAGGAGAAAAAUUCGGCUAUAAUCCAAUUGUUUGUAAAUAUUUAGUGUAAACUAAAAUUUUGUUAUGUCUCAUUAGUCUUUUACUGGGGUUUUUUUUUUUUUGCAGUUGAGAUGAUACUUUAUGUAUAUUCAGCCUUUACAGAUAGUCACAUGUAUGUGACUAUUAAAAUGUCACCUUUGGAUGACAUUCAAGUUUACCUGUUGAAGAGAGCAAGGGCUAGAAUCCAGUUACCAGAAAGAUAAAUAUGUUUUCUAAAAUCCUGAAUUAUGAAAGUUUAGGGUUCUUUUUCCGUACACAUCAUUGUUUAAGACAUUAAAAACUAGAUUACACUUUACAGAUAAUUUUCUAAAUUUUUACCUCAAUUUCUAAUCCCUUCUAAUGACACUUAAAAUUAACACUUAGUAGAGAAGAAAUUGACUUUAGUGCUGGGAAGUGCUUGCUGAUGACAAUUUCUGCAAGGGGUUACACUAAACAGGGUUGCUAACUUAAUGAUCCCAACAAUUGUGGUGAAAAAAAAGUUGCCUGGAGAAAAUGGAGUACUAGCCUCCUGCCAGCGUGGUGCGAGCUACAGGCUCCACCAGUGGGUCUUUGGAUUACUGAUUUUUCUGUCUGUAUUUGUUUGGGUCAUUGAAGUUUGAUAUAGUAAUCCUCAGUCUGUAAUUUAAAAAAUUGAUCCCUUUUUCCCAGCUCAACUCUUACCUUUUAGACAGUUAUCUGUGAUCCAUUUCCAGCUUUUCAUUUUUUCCUUCUAAUUUUUCUUUGCUUCACAAUUAAGCAUGCAGUUAAGUCCAAACAACAAGCAUUUGACUGAGGCUAAAGGUCCAUUGCUUUUUACACAUGUAAAGAUUUCUAAAUCUGCUCAAUUGUAUUGUCAGCACUUUCAUUUUUGUGUCUUCUCAUUUUCAUAGAAUAACACUGAGACAAAAAUACACUAAUUGCCACAUACUUCUGGUCAAAUAAAAACGGUGAAGAUGCAGAAACAAAUAAUGGCUGAUGUCACCAUGUAAUAAAUAAAAUGUUCAUCAUCUACUGCAUAAAGUUGUAAAUUCUACAUGGGAAAAGUGAUUGGCUUCAGCAUGUGGUCUCACAAAAAUUAAAGAACAAAGUCAAGGACAGAUUUUUAUUUUACUUUAAAAAAUAUUUCUGCAUUAACACUUCUGUUAUUAGAAACUACAUACACACAAUAAAUGCAUAAUAUUCUUCUGUUUACAUGUACCCUUCCCAUACUGUUGGAAAUCUAUGUGGUGGAACAUUCCCUUAUCUGACCCACCCCUUUUCCAAACCUGCUCUGUGACAAACCAACUUCAUUGUAUCAGGCUAGUCACAGGAAGUUCACCUUACCUGAGCUGAAAACGACUUUCUUGGAGGAGACUGCCUCUGCAGCCUGCUCAAAUGAGAGCUUUUCUUUCUUUUUUUUUUUUUAAAUCACAUCAGGGCUAGAGUUGGGUGAUGGCCUCUUUGCUCCCCAGUUCUGGUUCCAGGCAAUCAGUCUCCGUUUCUCCUGCCAAGGUCCCUGCUCCUUUGAAGCACCCACUGUUGAGCUGUAGCACCCUUUGCCAUUGUUUGUUGCUGUCAUCUAUCAAACACUUUCCCUGCCUCCCUCCUUCAAUUAGGGAAGACCAAAAACAAACAAACAAAAAAACCAAACCCGUUGUUGUUGAGUCAUAUAGGACAAAGUACAACUGCCCCAUAGAGUUUCUAAGGAGCACCUGGUGGAUUUGAACUGCCAACCUUUCGGUUAGCAGCCCUACGUAGCAGUUAACCACUGCACUGCCAGGGUUUUCAUUUAAGGAAGACUCCCAUGUAAUUUGCACUCUUCUUCUUUCACCCUGGCUUCUCAGUCCCUUGACUCAUCUCUGACGAACUCAACUUCCUCUUCGCCUCACCUAGUCACUCUUGGGGUUACACUGUGGACCCUGUCAAUGUCAGACACCAGGCCCCCUCUGAAUAUCGAUUUCAAACAUCUCUCUGACCUCCAUUUCCUAUUUCCAGCUCAGUUGCUCAAGGAUGUCUACUGCCACAUGUUUUUUUUUAACCUCAUCAAGGUGGCUAAUCCAUUGACACAUACCCCCCUCCAUUUCCUGACUAUCCAUCACCCCUCCUGGUCUCAUUUUCCUUCUUGUUCAGUCUUGAUUUCCUAAUCCAUUAUUUUAAUAACUCCUUCAAAAAAUGCUGUCCAUUCCCUUGGCCCUCUCUUAUAUCACCGUAUUUGCCUGGCACAACUGCCCUGGAUGGAUUCCAUGUCUGCUGGAGAAGGGUCAUCGAACAGAGUCUUCAUGAUUCACUUUAAAUUCAGAACCGCAGGCCACAAAUGGACACCCAAUAUUGCCCUGCAAUCCUUCUUUCUCUUCAGUAAGGCUCAAUUCUCAACUUCCAAGACAAAUAUUUUCUAUUCCUUUUCAGAUUUCGCAUGUCCACCUCACUCCACAGCUGAUGACCUGGCCUCACACUUCAUGGAGAAAUUAGAAGCCACUGGGUACAAACCCCCUCAUCCUGCCACCAACAAACCUACCUAAUCUUACAUCCAUCUUCUCUUUGAUCCUUCACCAAGAAAGCAAGUGUCCUUCCUGUCAAAGACCAUUUCCUCCAUAUGUGCUCUGAAUUCCAUUACUUCUGCCUCCUCUAGGACUUUGCCCCUUGAGAUUUAUCUUUUUUAUUUUUCCUUCAUCUUUUAUCUCUCUGUUUGUACUAUCUCCUUUCUAUCUUAAUACAAACAUUAUCGCUAACUUAAACACACACAUCCUGCCUUGAUCUGCUUUCAACUAUUGCUCCAUAUCCCAGACAAGUGAUCCUUCUUUUGAAAUUGCCCUCAGUCAGCAAAACUUUCCAUCAUCAGCUGGGGAUGAGCUAUGUACAGUUUCUCCUAAAAAGGCAAGAUAAAUAGUUUUAUCCUUUCCCUUUAAUUACCAAUUUUCAAAGUAAGUAAUUGGUGUAAUGGUUGCCUCCAUCAGUGGCAAAUGAGUUACAAUUUUGAAGUUCUUGUCUAUUUUACCUUCAUAUUUGAUUGUUAGUUUGGCUGGGUACAGAAUUCUAGGGUGGAAAUCAUUUUUCUUCCAUUUUAUUUCCAGUCUUUUGGUUCUCAUUCCUUUAUAUGUAACCUGUCUUGUUUGUUUGCUUGAAAUCUCUGGAAAUUUUAGGAUUGUCUUCUUUUCCUGAUAUUCUGAAACUUAGCAACAAGGGUCUUUUAUUUAUUGUGCUGAGCUUUGGUGGGUCUCUUCAGUCUGGAAGCUUAAGUCCUUCUAUUCUCUGAAAAUUUUCUCCCUUCUACCAGAUCUGUCUUCUGAAGCUCUGCCCAUACCUCUACCCCCCUUGCCCCUGCAACACUAGGCUAUCUGGUCUGUUUUUCACUUGUUUACUACUCGUCCUCUUUACUACUUUUUAUUCAUCUUCUCUAUCUUCCGUAGCCCUAGCUGUUGUUUUGGUGUUUGUUGAAUUAAAUUACUUUUUUUGUCUUCACUUGGCUUCUCCUACAUGGCUUUCUCCCCUGGGCCUCUCUUCCCCUUCUCCAUCUCUUCAGAGAGCUUGUCAUCCUCUGUCUACCCUCUUGUGCUGGCGUUCCAGCGAGCUCAGUCCCUUGCUCUCCUCUCUCCUUCCACACACUUUCCCUGGGUAAUUUCAUUUAUAUCCAUGUCUUUAGAGAGCAUGUGUUCAUUAACAUUAAAAAAAAAAGUUAUCUCUAGCCCUGACUUCUCUCCCUGAGCUCUAGAUGCUUAGUUCCACCUGUCAAGUAGAAAUAUCCACCCAAGUGUCAUACAACCAUCUCAAACUCAUUCUGUCUGAAACUGAACUGAACCUCAGAAGUGUUCUUUCUGUAUUCGUGAUCACAGUUAAUAGGCCCCUAAUCACACAGAGACCCAGACUCCAGGCAGUCCCCUCAGGUUCUGCUUUUUCCAAUUUCCAAAGAUAUCUCUCCUUGAAUGACUAGCCAUAACUUGACCUCACAUUUAUCCCAGCUGAUCUUGGUAAAUACCCAGUGUGGUGUGCAGAGCAGGUGACAGGUGACAUUACCACACCUUUCAGAUUGCCAGAGCUUCUCAGAGGUUGAAUGACUUUCCCAAGGUCAUGUAAUUACUCAUACUUCUCUGUUCUGACGAAAGAAGAAACCAAUGGGGAUGGAUUGGAGGCAUCAGUGUGACUUCAUCAUUUCUAAAAUAUGUAUGUAUAUAUAAAUAUGCAUAUGCGUGUGUGUGUUUCCUAGCAAUGGCUGCUGAAAGGGUCUAGAAAGAAAACAUCUCAGUAUCAAUGGGCACUAGUACCCAAAUCUUGGACUCUAAUACCACUUUUCUCUAAAAGGAACCAAAGGUCCUUGGAGAAAUGGUUUAUUUCAGGGCCGGGGCAGGGAAUGUACAAUAUAAGCCUAGAACAUCUUGUUAUUCUCCUUAGGAAUAAAAAGCAACUGAUACUUGUAACACCAUGGACAGAUCUUAAAAUGUAUCAGGUUAAGUAAAAGAAGUCAGACACAAAAGGCUACAUACUGUAUGAUUCCAUUUAUAUGACAUUCUGGAAAAGGCAGAACUAUAUGGAUAGACAAUACAUCAUUGUUUGGGGGUGGGGGUGAGGAGAGAGUUUUGCCUGCAAAGGAAGACAAGGGGACUUUCUGGGGUGAUCAAUACUCAAUAUUUUGACUGUGGUAGUGGUUACGUGGCUGUAUGUGUACAUUGAACUGUAUGCCUUGGGUUCUUCUUUGCCUUCCAUUAUUUCAUAUGGGUAUGUCCCUCCUUCCACAGUGAGAACCCUGGCUUCCAACAACAUCAAAUCAUUUUCUCAUUUACUUAAUCCCAUAAUACAUUUAAAAUGGUUUCAGAAUUACUUCACUCAUGCCACUACAGGAAAUAAAUUGACAUGAACUAGUUCAGAAUUCUUUAGCGGCUCUCCACCCCUGCACUCCCAAAGGCCAAGGAUAUAUGGUAUAUAGUCAAAUACUGUGUUCAUCCAUUACUUAGAUUAGUAUUCCCCCCCUCCCUGCCAAUGUGGCGAAGUUACAGUUGGGUUUUUUUUUUUUAGUUUGCUUUCAGUUUGAGCUUUUUUUUCCCCCUUGUUGAUUUUAUUUUUUGAAUAUGUAGAACAUUAGCAUACAUCCACCAAUGAAAACUAUACAAAAAGAUAGUAUGUAGAGGGAAUACUCUCUCUUGUAGUCCUUCAACACCAUUUUCUCACAUUCCUGGUAAGUGACCAACUUCUGGUUUCUCCUUCCUGUGUUUCUUUUGGUAGAGAGAAGCAGGUGUAUGUGUGCAUUCUUAUUUCCCCUUUUUUCUUACACAGAAGGUAGUAUCCUUUAGAUCCUCUUUUGCAGUUUGUUCACUUAAAUCAUGGAGACAACUCUGUAUUAGUUUGUGAGAGUGUCCUCAUUCUUCUUUAUAGCUGCAUAGUACUCCAUUGUAUAGAUGUACCAUAGCUUAUUCAACCACACGCUUUUAUUUAGGCAUGUAGGUAGUUUCCAAUAAUUUGCAAUUACAAAUAAUGCUGUGAUCAAUAACCUUAUGCAUAUGUAUUUUCCUAUUGCUGGAGAUAAAUCUUCAGGGUAGAUUCCAAGAAAUGGGAUUGCUGGGCCCAAGGGUAAAAUGUAUAUGGAAUAUUGUUAGAUAUUGCCAAUCUUCUCCAUAGGAACUGGAGCUUUCCCACCAGUUCACAUUCUCCCCAGCCAUGUAGGAGCAUGUCUGUUUCCCCCAUGGCCUUGCCAACAAAAUGUAUUUUCAAACCCUUGAAUUUUUGCCAAUCUAAUGGAUGAAAAAUAAUAUCAUAGUGUAGUUUUAAUUUGCAUUUCAACCAGAGAUAUUUUAAUUGAAAAAUGUUAAAAGUCCUGGUUAUGGCUGUGAUUGUCAGGUAUUGAAACAUAAACUCUCAACUUAGUAUUCUCUAGGAAGUUCUCUGGGAACAGUUUUCAUCCUAGAAAAAUUUUAGCAUGAAUCCACCCAAAUGGACUUGGAUGAUUUAGGAGGCCUAUUUUUUUAUUAACCACUUUUUCUGCAGUUUAGUCUUGUUCACGGUUUUUUAGCCGGCAAGUACUUCUAAAGCUUUCUUGCUCCACCUACUGGACAAGGAAGGGAAUUGAGCUGCCUUUUUCUCACGCUGCCUCUACACCAGAUGGGAUUUGACGCCGAGAAGUUCUGGCUUCAUAAACCUGAGGACAAAAGCAAGAAUCUAAAGGGAACAAGAUACAUAGAUUUCUGGUAAUGGCUUCAACAUACUCCUAUAGCAUGUAUAGCUUUAGAGAGUGCUAAUUAAUAAGGGUAGCUGACAGAUUUGUUCUUGGCUGUGCUAAGUGCUACAUGUGUAAUCUUUGGUGACAGCUGUUGCUGCAACUGGUCUCCAGGGCUUCAGAUGCUCAUUUAAAUGAAUACGUUUAUUUAUUCAUUUAUGCAAAAUAGAAAUAACUUUUUUUUUCCUGGUUGGUAGAGUAAUACAUGUUUGAUGGAAAAGAAAAGGAAAAAACCUAGGGAGUGAGGAAAGGUCUAAAGACAAACAGUAAAAUCACCUGCACUCUCAGCUCUUAUCAAGAACCACUGUUAACAGUUUGAUCUCAAUCCCUUGUGGGUUUUUCACACAUAUUUUUCCACACAUUAUACACACACACACUUUUUUUUUUUUUUACAAAAGUUGGAUAGUUGUUAAAUUACCGUUUUGUAAUUUGCUUUUGGCACUUAAUAUACAGUGAUCAGCUUUUUAUAUUCAUCAGAAAGCUCUAUCGCAUAAUGCUACAUAGCAGUCUUUUUUAUGACUACUUUUUAAAAAUAAUUUUUAUUGUGCUUUAAGUGAAAGUUUACAAAUCAAGUCACUCUCUCACACAAAAACCCAUAUACACCUUGCUACACAUUCUUAUACACAUUCCCAAUUACGCUCCCCCUAAUGAAACAGCCCGCUCUCUC